AUGGACAUAACCCGGACGGCAGCAAUUGAUAAAGAGACGAGUAGAAGAAAACGGUCUUCGAAGUCGUUUAGGCGACAAGGCUCGUCUGGUUCGAUUUGGGAUGAGAAAUUAAAUUCCGAGGAAAUAAAGAAACUAAUGCAAAAUGAAGGGAAGGUUGAUCAGAGAGAGCUAAGGCAUUGCCAAAGCAUCGGAGGCGUUGGGACGAUCAAUUAUGGCAUAUCAAAUGCAGCAGUGCCCUCCGUUUAUUGGCGCAGUUUUUCUACUCCGGCUAUGAUGAUGUUGAAGAAAAAGAAGAAACCUUAUGAAGAAUCGGGUGAAUGUGGAGGUCAUGUGGUGGGUGCUUCUGAAAAACCUCCGAAUCCACUAAGAUGGAUUUUUGGGAAGAAGGGUAAAUAA